AUGAAUUCAGAUAAAAACGUAUCAAAUUUUACGCGUCUUGAAAUAUUCAUACAAUAUUAUCUUGAUCGUAUUACUCCAUUCAUUACAUUUCGGUGGUUAUUUAAUUUAUUUCUAUUUAUUCUUUUUUGUUGUCGAAUUAUAUUUUCACACAGUUUCUAUAUAAUAGCAUAUGCUCUUGGAAUAUUUUUACUCAGUCAAUUUCUUCUUUUUCUAACACCCAAACAUGAAGUAUCAUUAGAUGAUAAUAAUGAUAAUGAAUUACGUUUACCAACAAAAUCAACCGAUGAAUUUCGACCAUUUAUGCGUCGUUUACCAGAAUUUAAAUUCUGGUAUACAACAUUUAAAGCAUUAAUUAUUUGUUUAUUCUUAACAUUAUUCUCAAUAUUUAAUAUACCAGUCGUAUGGCCUGUACUUGUCAUUUAUUUUAUAGUAUUAUUUAUUUUAACAAUGA